AUGGCUUCCAGGGUUCACACUAUUGCUGAUAUCAAUGCCUCAAAGCAUGAUUAUAUCAUUGCUAAAAUUGUCCGAUUGUGGUUUCUACCUGUUGGUGAAAAAACUAGGGUUUACUCAUCCAAAGAGAUGAUACUCAUGGAUGAUCAGGGUUGUAAGAUUCAUGCAUCGGUUAGUAAGACACUCAUAGGCCGAUUUGAACAUCUAAGGGAAGGUGAUGUUUAUUCUAUUCGUGACUUUGGUGUUGUUGCUAAUGUUGGUGAAUACAAGACCACUGCCCAUGACUAUAGGAUAAGCUUUAAGCAUGAUACCAGUGCUAUUUUGCUACCACAACAUGAAAUGUCUGGAAAUCCAUUUUCUUUUGUAUCAUUGGAUGAUAUCAUCAAUAAGAGACUUGAUUGUUCCAUUUUGGUUGAUGUGAUGGGAAAUCUAACUGAUGUUGGAAGUGUGGAAGUGUAUGAGAGAAAUGGCAAGAUGAUAAAGAAAAGGGUUAUUGAGUUAGAAGACUCUGGGUUUAAAAUCAAUUGUACUUUAUGGGGGCACUAUGUUGAUGAGUUGAAUUCAUUUCUUGCUUCUGGUGAUGCUAAGAAAGUUGUAGUGGUCAUUUUUUCAGCCAAGAUGAAGGAAUUUCAAGGAAAAAUGAACCUUCAAAAUGAUAUCAAUUCAACUAGGAUUGUUUUCAACCCAGAUUUCACUGAUGAUGUCAACUUGAAGAAGAGGGCUACACAUAGUUCUCAAUCUUCUUCCCAAGGACUCAAAAAUAUAAAUGAGAACGCAGAUGAAUUGAAGGAAUUUGCGGAUUGGAUUCGUAGGAUUGGUCAUGGGGAUUCUGAAAAAUCUGACUUACAAAUCCCUCAAGAUUUGCUAAUUCAAGAUUCUGCUAAUCCUUUGCUUGAUUUGGUCAACUUUGCUUAUCCUAAUCUCAAGCAGAACAUGAAGGAUUUCAGAUAUUUUGGGGAAAGAACUAUAUUGAGUCCAGCUUUGGAAUCUGUUGAGAUGGUUAAUGACUUUGUCCUCUCGAUAUUUCCCGGAGAUGAAAGGGAAUAUUAUAGUGCAAAUACUGAGAUAGGAGGUGAAUGGAUUCCAAUAGAACUUCUUCAAGAUAUUAAAUGCUCUGGCAUUCCUAAUCACAAGUUAACUUUAAAAAAAGGAGUUCCAGUGAUGCUUUUGCGAGACAUAAAGCCAGCAAAUCCAGCUUUUGGUUUAUGCAAUGGAACUAGACUAAUAAUUGAUGAGCUGGGACAAUUUGUCAUUGGAGCAACAAUUAUAUCAGGAAGUCAUGUUGGCAAAAAGACAUUGAUUCCCAGAAUUGACUUUGAACCUUCAGAUUCUACAUUGCCGUUCAAGUUUAAGAGAAGACAGUUCCCAAUAUGUUUAUGUUUUGCUAUGACUAUCAAUAAAAGCCAAGGACAGUCACUAUCAAAUGUAGGACUCUUCCUUCGUAACUCUGUUCUUACACAUGGUCAACUUUAUGCUGCUGUUUCAAGAGUAAAAUCACGAAGAGGCUUGAAAAUUUUAAUUCUGGAUAAGGAAGGAAGAGUGUCUGGCUCUACAAAAAAUGUUGUGAAAAGAGGUCUUUGAAAACUUCAACUAGCAUAUCAUGUAACUAAGCAACCUGAGAGUGCUAUGAGCACAAGGUAGGAAUCCAAUUGAUUGUCAAGAAUGGAUGGAUGACAUUUUGCAGGGCUAAUGGAUUGGAGGUUGGCAAUGCUAUCAUGCAGAGGAACGCCAUGUUUUUUCAGUUUGUUUUGCUUUCUAUUUUGGGUCACUAUGUUGCUAAGUAGUAUUAUGAGUAUUCAACUAAUUAAGUUGUUUUAUUUAGUGAUCAAUGUUCUUUUAUCUAUUGUGGUAGUUAGUUGACAAUGUUUCUUUGUUUUCACAAUAUAUUUCAUCUAGAGUCCAACA